AUGAAAACCUCAAUCGCGGCCCUGUUGCUCUUGUUCAAAGUUGGGGAGAUUGUUGCUGUUUGCCCCGAUGGAUAUUCACUUGAACCAGCUCUUCAGCAGUGUUUUCUCAUCACGGGAAAAACGGGUAAUUGGUCAUCCGCCUCGUCGUUUUGCCAAUCAACCGGUGGCAAUCUUCCCUCGAUUCACAAUGCUUUCCAAAACGCCGCUUUAGCCAAAUUUUUCAGAACCGCUUUAAAUCUCGGUAACAAGUUUUGGUUGGGUUUCUACAGUUGUUGCUUUGGACCAGUCUGGUUUUGGACUGAUGGAACGCCCGAUGAUUACUACAAUUUCGCAUCAGAACACAGCGAGGCAAGAGGAUGGCAUCCAUACUUGGAUUUGGACACCCAAAAGUGGCCAACAGCCGAGGGGGCUACAGAAUUGGCGUUCAUUUGUGCGGCACCCGAUUCAGCUUCCACUCGUUCAACGGACCUCCAUCAACUCAGUCGCAGAACGAAACACACUCAA